CGCCUUCCGACGGACAGGGCACAGUAAAUUGUUGCACUCUCCACGAUGGUAUACAGAGCGAUCGCRCUUUACGUCGCCGUUCAGUCGGUCGUCGUCGCUUCGCCAACCGCAACCAUGUCGCACGGUGAGAACAUUGUCUCCCCGAUGGGAACUUUUUACCACCCGACACCGUCUUCCAGGGCCAGGGGCUUACCGGAAGUGGGCAAGCUGCCCAGGACGUCAGCUAUCUCCAAAAAACUUCCAGCAAGCGGACCCGACAGCAAAUCGUGGCUCAAACUAACAAAUGCAGGUAACAACCAUUUGUCACGCAACGGACGUCUUCCCACUUUGAUGGAUACAUAUCAACCACCCAGGACGCGAUCUAACCACAUGCGCUUGGAGGAAUCACAUAGGUCGGAGGAGGAAAGGGCGGAAAAGAUCAACUCUGACCUGGAGAAGAUGAUACAGUUUAUGACAAUUCUAGGCCAAGUUGAUAGGUAUCUGUCAUCGAGAGCCAAGUCCUUCGUCAGCACACUGGGCCGAGCAAUGGAAAACAAUCCCGACGACCAUCACCUUUACAACGACAAAGAUAUGUCUUUAGAUUACUGAGCUGCACUCGGUAUUAAUAAAAUAAAUGUUAUACCUACGUUUUUAAAAUAUUAUUUAUUUUAUCCAUUAACUUGUUCAUAUUUAUUAAUAUUUAUUUCUAUAAAAACCGAAAAAUUUGUUCAUGGUAAAUUGUGUUAAGUAUAUGCUACUUUUGUAUUAAAAUCAGGAUAGAAGUCUUAAAAUAUCAUACUACUAUUAUAUUAAGUUAGUUAUUAUAUUUAUUUAUCUUAUUUUGUAUUCAUCUGAAGCAUCAACAAGUAUGGACAUUAGUAUUUUAUAAGGGGGUUAAGGUUGGUUGAGAAACAUGUGUGUAUGUGAGGUAAGGAUUUGUCACUAAAACCCAGGUGGUUACCCAUCCAGGAGUUAGCGACGUCAUACAAUAGUUUCCUGCUGUAUACAUUAGUUACUACAGCAAACCACUGAACCACACAAGAUGACCAGUUGGUACUGGUGUUCAAAAUAAUAAUUUAAAGUAACUAUUAACGAUUAACAUACACCUAAAUGUUAAAAAAAAAACCAUUCAUUAUUUAAAUUUAAACUAAUACAAUUAUUAUUAUUUAUUUGU